UCCGCUCUCUCCAAUCAUUCUCCGUUUUCAGUGUUUUUAAUUUUAGUUUUGAUUCUAAUUUUCGUGUUUCAUUUUCCCUCUGUGCGUGCAUUGAGAGGAGUAUAAGAAACAAAUAUCUCUGCUUCUACGAAACUCUCUCUCUGUGUGACACUAUAAAGUAAUCUUUUAAUCAAGACAAAUAAACUUUGUUUGGAAUUUGCAAGAAAUCCAUUUCCAAUGCCCUUCCAGUGUUUGUUUCUUUCUUUUUUUCUUAUCGAGGUAUACUCUCUCUCUAAUUUUCCAUUCUAAAUGUGAUUCUUACUCUAUGGGUUGUUUCUACGGUUUGUUUUUUAUAUUGGCUUUCACUGUUCCCGAUCAUGUCUGCGCACAAGCGAUGGUAUAAGUGGAAUUUUGGGUGAUUGUUUAGGAAGAAGUAAGUGAUGUUGGGAUCGAUUGGGUUUUUGGUUGGUGGGUAUUCCUGGGUGUGCCGAAAGUGGCCAUCUUUCGGUUUUUGAUUGAGUUUUUGAGUGGGGCUGACUUACUAUUAGCGGUAUUUCGUAAGCUGCUAUGUGAUUAUUUGUUCCCUUUUUGUGCUUUGAUCUUGUUUAUUUUGCUUGUAUAAUUCGAGUUUUGACCUAAUUUACUUGUUUGAUAUGGGUUCUGGGAGCAUUUGACAUGGGUAAAUGUUAGUUAUUGGGUUAGAUUUUCAUUCAAUUCGUAUUAUUGGUAACUCGUUGUGGAAACAGAUGGGUUUAAGAAAUUUUCUGGUUGAUGUGUUCUUUUUUGCCCUUUUUCUCCCUAAUAUCUUGGACUAUUUGGCUGUCUCACGUAAAGAAUCGACCUGACUGUUUAAGUUUAAACUCAGAUAUAUCUUUCUUUUAACUCAAUUCCUGAUAAAAUCUGCUGUGGUCUAUACAUUUAGUAUCUGGUCUAUGGGUUUUGACUACCAUAUGAUUAUCUCUAUUUAUUGAAGCUACGCUUUAUCUGUCUGCGCAUAUGCUAUUGGAUUCGAAUUGAGAGUUUAAUGAUUACUUGGCUUCUGGUUUUUCCCAACUUUACCUGUGUAAGCAGUAAGUAAUUGGCUGGACCAGAAUUCUAAGGAUCGGAUAUCAGCAUCGUAUGUCUGUUUGUAGGUUGGUCUAAUGCGCCAUCGGCUAAUAUGGAAAUGGUGACCAAUUGUGUUUAGGAAAUCCCACAUAAACGUAUGGCAUAUCAAGCAUCCAAUGAUGCAAGCUUGUUCUCUAGCUCAUUGCCCGUGCUUCCACAUGAGAAGUUGAACUUUGCUGAUUUGGAGGAUCAUGGUCAAUCUCUUGAUGAUAGCUCGCCUAACUUAGGGAAAUUUAAUGAAGACGAAAGUAAAGAUGAACUUGAAGUUGUUGAACAGAAUGCAAUUGGGAACUUACUUCCUGAUGACGAAGAGGAGCUUCUUUCUGGCAUAAUGGAUGAUUUUGAUUUUAGUGGGUUGCCUAGUCAGCUGGAGGAUUUGGAAGAAUAUGACCUCUUCGGAAGUGGAGGCGGGAUGGAAUUGGAUUUUGAAGCUCAAGAGAAGUUUAGUAUUGACAUGUCAAAGCUACACAUAUCAGAUGGGGUUGCUACAAACGGCAUUGGCAAUUAUGCCCUUUCAAAUGGUAUGGGGAGUGUGAGUGGGGAGCAUCCGUAUGGAGAGCAUCCAUCUAGAACAUUAUUUGUCCGGAAUAUCAAUAGCAAUGUGGAGGACUAUGAAUUGAGAGCUCUCUUUGAGCAAUAUGGGGAUAUUCGAGCUUUAUACACUGCAUGCAAGCACAGGGGCUUUGUUAUGAUAUCAUACUAUGAUAUUCGAGCAGCUCGCCACGCAAUGCAUGCAUUACAAAAUAAGCCCCUGAGACGAAGAAAGCUAGACAUUCAUUUUUCAAUUCCGAAGGAUAAUCCAUCGGAGAAAGAUGUGAAUCAAGGAACUCUUGUAGUGUUCAACUUGGAUCCUUCAGUAUCAAAUGAUGACAUCCGUCAAAUUUUCGGGGCUUACGGAGAGGUUAAAGAGAUCAGGGAAACACCUCACAAGCGGCACCAUAAAUUCAUUGAAUACUUUGAUGUCAGAGCGGCAGAUGCAGCUCUCAAAGCAUUAAACCGGAGUGACAUAGCUGGAAAACGUAUUAAGCUUGAACCUAGCCGGCCUGGUGGAGCACGUAGAAGCUUGAUGCACCAACUGAGCCGAGAGCUAGAUCAAGAUGAAGCUCGAACUUUUAGGCAUCAAGGAGGCUCACCUGUGGCCAGCUCUCCUCCUGGUAACUGGGCACUAUUUGGCAGCACCGUUGAACAUAAUCCUUUGAAAAAUUUUAGUAAAUCUCCAGGUGUGGGAUCUCUCAGCCCUGUAAACAGCAAUAAUUUGCCUGGGUUAGCUUCAGUUCUUCCAACUCAUGUGUCUAACUUUGGAAAGAUUGCACCUAUUGGUAAGGAUCAAGGAAGGGCCAACCACGCAAACAACAUAUUUACGAAUAUUGGGUCCACUCAAGGAGCAAUUUAUCAGCAUUCUCAUUCCUUUCCUGAGCAAAAGCUAAGCACAAGUGCUGGGCUCAUAUCUGCUUUUGGCGAAUCAAAUUCAGGUUCACCCGGUAUUGGAACCCUUUCCGGUCCUCAGUUUCUAUGGGGAAGUUCGAAUCCCCAAUCCGAGCUUGGCGGUUCUUCUGCUUGGCCAAAAUCAUCUGCGGGGCACCCUUUCAUAUCAACUGGGAGAGGGGUUGGUUUUCCAUACACUAGUCAGCAUGGUUCUUUCCUUGGUUCUCGUCAUCACGUGGGAUCUGCUCCUUCUGGUGCCCCUCUUGACAGGCAUUUCGGCUUUUUUCCAGAGUCACCAGAAACAUCUCUCAGGAGCCCAAUUGCAUAUGGGGGGAUGGGUAUAAAUCACAAUAAUGGAAGUUAUAUGAUGAGCCUAGGUACUCGUUCUGCGAUGGGUGCUGGUGUUACCAUUCCUGGCAAUAUGGGUGAGAAUGGUCCACCAAGUCUUCGGAUGAUGUCAUUGCCAAGGCACAAUCCUACCUUUAUUGGGAAUGGUUCAUAUUUAGGACCUGGAUUAACCAGUAAUGAGGGGUUGGCUGAACGUGGUCGAAGUCGGCGGCUAGAUAAUGGUGGUAAUCAAAUAGAUAGCAAGAAGCAGUAUCAGCUUGAUUUGGACAAAAUCAUAAGCAGGGAGGAUACUAGGACUACAUUAAUGAUUAAAAACAUCCCUAAUAAGUACACUUCCAAGAUGCUACUGGCUGCUAUUGAUGAAAAACACAAGGGUACCUAUGAUUUUCUCUACUUGCCUAUUGAUUUUAAGAAUAAAUGUAAUGUGGGUUAUGCCUUUAUCAACAUGGUGUCUCCUUCACAUAUCAUCCCUUUCUAUGAGGCAUUCAAUGGGAAGAAGUGGGAUAAAUUUAACAGUGAAAAAGUUGCUUCAUUGGCAUAUGCACGGAUCCAGGGCAAGGCUGCCCUUGUGACACACUUUCAGAAUUCAAGCUUGAUGAACGAGGAUAAACGAUGCCGGCCAAUUCUCUUCCAGUCAGAGGGCCUUGAGAUUGGUGAUCAGGAACCUUUUCUAUCUGCAAAUUUGAACAUUUGUAUUCGUCAGCCUGAUGGGUCUUACUCUGGGGAUUCAUUGGAUAGCCCAAAGGGCAGCUUUGAUGAGAUGCUGGAGCAGAGCUAACACUUCAUUGGAGACUUCAGUUUAACAAGUGACGACUAGGAGUUCUAACUACUGUAUAGAUUUGUGUAAAGGUUACAAGAGAUGCCAUGUCAUGAUGUUUCUGAAGAAAGUUCCGGAAGGAAUGGCAACAGAGCAUUUUUGUUCAUAAGCAGGGCAACACAUUGUCACUUAAGCGGUGGAGAAUAAUAAGAUGUAGCAUGUAUAGCUGACGAUUGUGAGUCUCUUGUGCAGAACCCGAAUGGCUCACCAUGUCUCCUCAAGCUCCUCUUAUCUUUCAGUUUCUGUAAUGAUUUUCUUGAUUCCAUUUGCAAAUAUGGUUCCAUGUGUAUAUGCAUCAGGUAUCUUUAAGAUCAGGGGUCAUUAGGCUGUUACCAAAAAUGUACGUAAGGGAGAUCAACAGACCCUGUUCAUCAGUCCUUUUAAGUCUUAAGACUCUUUAACAUUGUUAGCAUUGUUAUAUACUCGAGCAGACGGAUUAUGGAUGGCUGCAAAGUUGUCUAUUGGUUCUCUGUCACUCUCUGUUAAAUGCUUGAAAUUCGUCAAA